CACCACACCACCUGCGAUAAAAAGAAAGACGUCUGCUUUUCUGCGUUGAAUGUUCAGUUUUGUAAACACAUGGCCUGUAGAGUAUACCUGCUAAUUUUGUUAAUAAAUUUAUGUUUUGCAGCCAAAAAAGAUGAAAAGCAUGGAAAAGAAUUUCUGGAGAAAGAAAGGAAAAGUCUAUUGUUAGAAAAGAUAACAUGUACUCUGAAGAAGAUCACACCACGAUCACUGGAUAAUCUACGUCUUUCUUACAAGGUCACAAAAGCUUUACCAUGUUACAUAGAUGCUUUGCUGGAAAAUCCUAAAGAUUGGAAGAAGUGGACUGUACUAGGUGAUUUAUAUGAAAAAAAUUUGAAAACCUCCCAAGCAUCUACUUGUUUCAAGAUGGCCUCAAAACUAGUUGGGCCUGUAAGCACCUAUAUUUCUGACUGGAGUUUUAUUGGCCCAUUUGUAAUAGGAAAAAUUGAGUGGGAUGGAGAUCCCUUAGAAGCAUAUGGUGGAAUUCGUAAUGUUUCAAAAUACAGAUACAGGAAGGGUGAACAAUUUUAUUCAGAGCUGGUAAAAGACACUUUAAUAGAAUGGAAAACUUUCAAACAAGAAACUGCUGAUAAUGGAAUCCAAAUUUCUCCCUCAGUUCAGUGGAAUGAACUGAUAAAUUCUCUGGGAUCAGUGGGGAUAACAGAAUGGCAAGGGUGGAUGGUGGGAGAUAUUUAUGUGACUGAGAGAGACCAGAAUAUACUUAUCCAAUGUCUUGGCUUACAUACUGUGUAUGUGGAUGAUAUACCUGUAGCUAGUGAUGUAUAUCAUAGGGAAAAGUUCUGGUUUGGUGUUCAUCUUUCAAGAGGAGUUCAUUCGUUUUAUGUUCAUUUGAGAACAAAGGUGACAGCCACAAAGAAGUGUAUAUUUCAAGUUGAUUCCUCCCCAGUUCGGGUUUUAGCCCCACACUUCCUCCCUGAUUUAGUAGAUGGGCACCUGUUCAGUCAGUAUAUUUCUAUUCCUAUAUCCAACUAUCAUCAUUCCAAAUGGGUCAAGGUGACAAAAAUAACAAGCACUCAGGUAGAAUUAGCUAUAGAAACUGAAAGGUCUUUCAGUAUAGCACCUGGACAAACUGCACACAUUCCAGUCCAAUUAAGAAAGACAGAGGAAAAGAUCAGCUCAGGAGACUGUGACCAUUUUAACUUUGUAGUGAAAAUCAUCACUUCAGAGGGAGUUAAUUCUUUACCACUGGAAUUUAGAUGCAGGAGAUCUGGUCAGUCUUUUCUCUUUACAUUCUUAGAUCAUGAUGGUUCUGUACAGCAGGCAGCUGCUGUGGAGCCCAUCAUGGCGUGUAACACUGAACUAUGUCCAGUGCUGCUUACACUUCAUGGAACAACCGUCCCUCCACAAAACCAGGCGGAUAGUUACAAAAGGAUGGAGAGUGAGAAGUAUGUGUUCGGUGUUGACAAAGCUUGGCUCUUGGCUCCCACAAGACAUGGUGCACAUAAUUGGGAAGGUCCUGGAGCUCUUACUGCUAUUUCUGCUCUCUUUGCAUUGACAAAACUUGUUCAGGAACACAGUUGGGUUGCAAAGAAGAUAGACCCAAAUCGGGUUGUAUAUGCAGGUCAUUCAAUGGGUGGACAUGGUGCGUGGCACCUGGCCACACACUACCCAGACCGUGGUCUAGGAUUGAUCACCCUGGCAGGGUGGAUAAAAAAAGAGGAAUAUGGAGACAGUAAUCUUUUCUUCAGGCAUGAUAUAUCAGCAAGUCAUGUAGAUCCAGCAAUUAAAUUUAUCUUGGAGGCUUGUAUAGCAGAAAAUGAUGCUGACAGACAUAUUACAAACAUUAAAGAUAUUCCAAUCUUAGCGAGAAUUGGUGCCGAUGACAGAACUGUUCAUCCAUUUUAUGUACGCAGAAUGUAUCGUCUGAUGAAAGAAAUUAAAGCCAACAUCAUUUACAUGGAAAUCAAUGGGAAAGAGCACUGGUGGUGGGAUACAAAAGAAACAAAUGACGGGGGUGUUGUUAAUGACCAACAGAUCAGAGACUUUACUAAUGCAAGGUUUGUGGAGGGUAUAUCUCAGUGUAAAGUCACUGAAGGAGAGAAAGACUGCAGUGAGGGGAGAGAAAAUAAGUACAGCAGAGAGAACGUCAGGAACUUCACCCUUGUGACCUAUAACCCUGCCCUUGGGGAUGGGCUGAAUGGAAUUCAAGUAUUGCAACAAAGUAUCCCCAUGAGAACUAGUAAAAUUAUUGGGAGUAUUUCUAGAGGUGCCAUUAACUUACAAACUGUAAAUGUAGCAAGGUUUAGCAUACAGGAACCACCAAACAGGAAGACCAAUUAUAGACAGAAAGUUCUAAAGGUAGAUGGUAAAAAAGUUGAAAUGCCUGGUGGAAAAGAUUCCAAAAUAUUUGUGUGUCUAAAGAAAGGAAACUGGAAAAUCUGUGAUGAAAAGUCUUUGACUGGAAGAAAUAGUUCCACUUAUGGACCAGCCAGGAGAGUGGCUGAGCACAAAUUUGUGAUUAUCAUAGGAACUCUAGGAUCUCCAGAGGACUCUGCAAGACUGCAGGCUAUGGCAGUGUAUAUAGCCAACUUGUUCCUGCUGACCUCCGACACAACCGUAGAGAUCAUCAAGGACAUUGAUGUGGACCCCACCACAGUAGAGGAUAUGAACUUGAUCGUUCUGGGAUCAGAAGAGGAGAACCUGGUCACAAUCAGCUUUCUGGAAGACAUUCCAAUAAAGAGGAAAGAAGGGACCUUCAUCCUAGAAGAGUGUAAAUUUGAUGACAGUAGAAUGGGACUCUUGACUCUUGCACCUCAUGGAAAAGGCAGACUGGCUCUGCUGAUUCUGGGGAACUCUGUAGAGGGAUUGAUGGAUGUUGUUUCUCUGGCUACGCCUACAAUUCCACCAAUGACAAGGUCACCGUUUUCCAAUUUGCUGCCAGAUUAUGUCAUCACUGGACAAGACUUUCGGUUGAAAGGACCUGGAGGAUUUCUAUGUGCUGGUUUUUAUGGAAACCAAUGGGAAUACAGAAGUGAAAUGUCCUCCUGUGUUUGCUAAAAGUCAUCGAAAUUUAUCAAGAUGUGCAAUUAUAAAUUUAAUCUGCUUAGUAGAACUUUUUGACACAAAUAUUUCAGCUGAUUUUUUCAAUCUUCUUCAUCCAAUGUCUCAUCCUUAUUUGGUUUGUGGACUUUAAAAAUUUACAACUGCAUUGCUGCCUUAUUUUUCUUAUGUUGUUACCUUAUCAUAUCAAGUGUAAUUCUGUGGAAAAUGUGUAAUGAAACAAUCCAUGUAAUUGUGUAGCCCAGGAGGGUCCUGAUUUAAUGCUAUACUGGUAGUUUUUACUGUAUUUUUAUUGUACAAAAAUUAAUUAUGUUGAAUUAAUGACAUAUGCUUUGAUUAAUUGUACUGUUAUUUAAAGUUGUUAAUAUUUGCGUUUGUUUUAUACAAAAGUCCUUUAUGAUAUUUUGCUAUGCAUGAACUACUUAAUAUUGGUAGUAUUUUGAAAUAUAUACAUGUAUAUACAUGUAUAUUUGUCUCAUUGUGUUACUGUUUGUUUACACGGAUCUUUUAUAAUAUUUUUCUAUGCAUGUACUUUUUGGAAUAAGUACAUACAUGUAAAUGUAUUUGUUGUCCCAUUGUCUUCAUACUGUAUGAUGCAGGAACGAUUUAGGAAUUUAAGUUUUUACUCUUGGUAGAAACUACAUUCCUUAUGAACAUACUGUAUAAAUGGAACUCUUUAUGCAUCAUAUUUUGUCUUCCAUUAUUCCUGUUACAGUAUAUUGUAUACUUGUGAUUUGUAAAUCUUUGUAUAUGUGUAUACCACUUUACUAUUGAUAUUAGAUGGUACCUGAUUGUGAAAGCAAUGAUUAACAGUUGAUGUAUGCCUCCUGAUGCCAUGUGAAUUUAAGUUGAAGGAUUUGGGAAUAAUAAAAAGAAAGUUUUUUUAAAAUCAAAUUUUGAAUGUUUACUUUUUCUAUUUUAAAAGUUGCGUACCAGUUGCACAUUACAUUCUACAUUAAACUGGUUGAUGACUCACUCUCUCUAAAAUCUGUUAAUAAAAUACAUGCAAUGAUAGUGCAUGAAA